AGUGACGUCAUCGCUAAGUAGAUAAAGGUAUUUUGAGCAUUUGUUGACAGCACGGAACUGCUUCGUACGCGUUGUAAAAAUUUGUUUAAGACGUUAAUUUUUUUUUUAUUGUAGCUACACUAUUGAGAACAAAUAAACUGGCUGCCUCUAUCAACAGAGCAGCUGAACCUGUUGAGGGAGAAGACAUCCACAAUUGAAAGAAGAGCCUUAAGGGGCAGUAGCCAUGCUGUGUUGGGGAAAUGCCUCCUAUGGACAGCUUGGACUGGGUGGCAUUGAUGAAGAAAUUGUAGUAGCGCCACGCAAAUGUGAAUUCUUUAAUGGGAGGGUGGUGCGUGACGUAGGAUGUGGACAAAGACACACCGUCUUCUUGCUUGGAGAUGGAACUGUGUAUACAUGUGGCUGCAAUGACCUAGGGCAGCUGGGCCAUGAAAAGGCACGCAAGAAACCAGAGCAAGUUGUUGCACUUGAUGCACAGAACAUUAUAGCAGUGUCUUGUGGCGAGUCCCACACUCUUGCCCUGAAUGACAAAGGGCAAGUGUUUGCAUGGGGUCAGGCAACUGAUGGACAGCUGGGCCUUACCAACAUAGAAGAUUGCAUCCGAGUGCCCAGAACAGUCAAAUGCUUGUCAGAGGCCCACAUUGUCCAGGUCACAUGUGGAUAUCGGCAUUCCCUUGCUCUCUCUAGAAAAGGACAGAUCUUUUCCUGGGGCCAAAACAGAUAUGGUCAACUAGGACUGGGAAAAGAAGGAAAUGGUGUCUCUACCCCACAGGUCAUCCAGUCUUUACUGGGCAUCCCAUUUGCUCAGAUCGCUGCAGGAGGUGCCCACAGCUUCGGACUCACGCUGUCUGGGGCUGUAUUUGGUUGGGGGAGAAACAAGUUUGGCCAGCUAGGUCUGAAUGAUGACAAAGAUCGAUGUUUUCCUUCCUUGCUGAAAACACUCAGGUCCCAAAAGGUUGUUUACAUAUGCUGUGGAGAGGAUCACACUGCAGCACUGACAAAGGAGGGGGGUGUAUUCACGUUUGGAGCUGGAGGGUAUGGCCAGCUGGGACACAAUACUACAAACCAUGAGGUUAACCCCCGGAAGGUUUUUGAACUCAUGGGGAAUGUAGUUACACAAAUUGUAUGUGGUAGGCAGCAUAGUCUAGCUUUCAUCCCAUCCUCUGGAAAGAUUGAUUCUUUUGGACUUGGAGGAAAUGGACAACUUGGCACGCGUUCCACCUGCAACAGGAAGAGCCCUGCCCCUGUCAAAGGCCAAUGGAGAGUAUACAAUGACUCCACACCAAUAGACACAGAGGCUGAGCCUUUCUAUUGUGUGAAGAGAAUUUAUGCUGGAGGAGAUCAGAGCUUCGCUCACUGCCAGUGUCCUCAGAAUGGGUGUCCUCCAGAGGAUCUGAGAUUUCAAAAAUCUGAUCGGCACAUCUUAACCCUGAAUGAGGACCUUAUCCAAAAAUGGCUGAGCCAUGGUCAUGGAAGACUCUCACCAGAAAUUACAGCUGAGAUUGACCUUGUGUUCUCCUCAGCAAGUUGCCUCAAUGGAAGUUUUCUGUCUUUGAGUUAUCCAGAUCACUACAGCACUAGCAGUAAAUGUUCAGGUGUAGAUGCCAGCAUUGCUCGCAUCCUGUUCCACAGACUUAUCCAGCCUGAGUAUCCAUGUAUCUCACAACAAGUUGCUGCAAGUUUGGAGAAGAACUUAAUCCCCAGCCUCAGCAGCUCUCCUCCAGACAUAGAGGCACUGAGACUCUACCUCACACUUCCACAGUGUCCUCUGUUCAGUGACCCCAACAUGUACAUUACCCUUGCCAUCCCAUUUGCCAAGGCGGUCAUCAGCCUGAAGUGUGCUCCCAUCAAGGUACUUGAGAAUUGGUGGUCUCGUCUUGAUCCAGCUGUUUUCCAAGGACUUAUGGAAUUGUAUAAAGAGGUGGUUGUGUAUCUGCUCCGGAUGCUGAAGGUUGGAAUUCCACCAUCUGAACACAGGAUAUUUAACUGCUUCCUCAGCAUCUGUCUCAAUUUUUUGGAGAUCCUUCACUCAGUGAACGAGCGAGCUGGUCAGAUCACCCACUAUGACAAGUUUUACAUACAUGAACUGGAAGAGCUUGUUGACAUCAGAAGUGAUUACAUUACUUGGAUUCAGCAACAAGUGUUCUCUAUGGGCAUGGAUUCUCAGGUCACCCUGUGCAAAUACCCAUUUAUAUUUGAUGCCCAGGCAAAGACCACACUGCUACAGACUGAUGCUGUUAUCCAAAUGCAGAUGGCCGUGGAUCAGGCCCAAAGGCAGAACCUAAGCUCUUUUUUCCUGCCUGGUGGUGUGGCGGAGUCAGUACACCCCUGCCUUAUUCUCAUCGUGCGCAGAGAAAAUGUUGUUGGAGACACCAUGGAAGUUCUGAGAAAGUCCAAAAAUGUUGAUUAUAAGAAACCUCUGAAGGUGAUCUUUGUUGGAGAGGAGGCUGUCGAUGCUGGAGGAGUUCGGAAAGAAUUCUUCUUGCUCAUCAUGAAAGAACUGUUGCACCCCAAGUAUGGCAUGUUUAGGUACUAUGAAGAGUCCAGACUCAUCUGGUUUGCAGACAAGACGUUUGAAGAUGUUGAUUUAUUCCACCUCGUUGGGGUUGUUUGUGGUUUGGCCAUUUAUAACCUGACUAUAAUCGAGCUGCACUUUCCUGUGGCCUUGUAUAAGAAGCUCCUAAAGAAAAUGUGCACUUUGGAAGACCUGAAAGAGCUCAUGCCUGAUGUUGGCAGGAGUCUACAACAACUGCUGGACUACUCGGAAAAUGAUGUUGAGGAUACAUUCUGCUUGAACUUCACAAUCACAGUGGAAAACUUUGGUGCUACUGAGGUUUUGGAGCUUGUACCUAAUGGAAUGAACAUCAGUGUAAACAACCACAACAGGCAAGAUUUUGUAAAUGCUUACGUUGAUUACAUUUUCAACAAAUCUGUGGCUCCACUUUUCAACGCCUUCUAUGCUGGAUUCCACAAAGUAUGUGGAGGGAAGGUUCUGGAGCUGUUUCAACCCAAUGAGCUACAAGCCAUGGUAAUAGGGAGCACCACUUAUGACUGGAAGGAACUAGAAAAGAGUGCAGAAUACAAAGGGGGAUACUGGGCUGAACACCCCACCAUCAAACUAUUCUGGGAGGUUUUCCAUGAGUUAUCAUUGGAGAAGAAGAAGCAGUUCCUACUGUUUCUUACAGGAAGUGAUCGUAUCCCCAUCCUGGGCAUGAAGAGUCUUGGGUUGGUCAUCCAGCCCACAGGGGGUGGAGAGCACUAUCUUCCAGUGGCCCACACCUGCUUCAAUCUCUUGGACCUACCCAAGUAUACCAGCCGUGAGAAGCUCCAGGAGAAGCUUCUUCAGGCCAUUGAACAUAAUCAGGGUUUCAACCUCGCCUGAAAGUCUUCAGCUAUAGAACAGAAGUUAUCUCCAGACCACAGACUACAACUUGACCCCCAAAUUGAGACAUAUUUUAUACAGAGUGUAUUAAUUUCUGCUACUGGAUGACAGGCGUUGAUGUUGCAACAUUUUUAUUUAGUCAUUCAAGAGACUUGGGGUAGCAUUCCAUGGUAGUGGAAUUAGCAAGAAUAUGAGGUUUUUCUCCUUUUUUCCAUUCUGUGCCAAGAUAAAAUCUGUAGAUAAUUAAUUGUCAUUAAGCUCUGUUCUCUGCCUGAUUCAGAAUAAAAUACCAAUUUCUUUUUAGAUGAUGCAGUUUGUUUACUGGGUUGAUGGAUGGAUAAGCACUGUUAUUAACACUUUUCACAGUUAAAAAUAAACUGGUGAUCAGUGAUGCUUGGAUCUAAAUCAGAAAUAAAACAUAUACCGUUUUGA